CCCUCCCGCCCUCCUCCCUCUUCCUAGCUCCAGCUCCGCCACCAGCUCAGGCCUCGGCGCCCCCUCCCUGAGCCCCCUCCCCGGAGCCGAGCCCACCCGAGGGCACCUCUCCCGGCCCCCAGCCCAGCCGCCAGAACAGCAGCCCCGGGGGGCAGCCCCCCGCCAGCCUGCCUCCCUCCAGCACAGCCCUGCCAGAUCCCCCCAACCAUGAAUCUCUUCCGAUUCCUGGGAGACCUCUCCCACCUCCUAGCCAUCAUCUUGCUACUGCUCAAAAUCUGGAAGUCCCGCUCGUGUGCCGGGAUUUCGGGGAAGAGCCAGGUCCUGUUUGCCGUGGUGUUCACUGCCCGAUACCUGGACCUCUUCACCAACUACAUCUCCCUCUACAACACGUGCAUGAAGGUGGUCUACAUUGCCUGCUCUUUCACCACAGUCUGGAUGAUUUACAGCAAGUUCAAAGCCACUUAUGAUGGGAACCAUGACACAUUCCGGGUGGAGUUCCUUGUUGUUCCCACGGCCAUCCUGGCAUUCUUGGUCAACCAUGACUUUACCCCUCUAGAGAUCCUCUGGACCUUCUCCAUCUACCUGGAGUCGGUGGCCAUCCUGCCGCAGCUGUUCAUGGUGAGCAAGACGGGCGAGGCAGAGACCAUCACCAGCCACUACUUGUUUGCGCUGGGCGUCUACCGCACGCUCUAUCUCUUCAACUGGAUCUGGCGCUACCACUUCGAGGGCUUCUUCGACCUCAUCGCCAUCGUGGCGGGCCUGGUCCAGACGGUCCUCUACUGCGACUUCUUCUACCUCUACAUUACCAAAGUCCUAAAGGGGAAGAAGCUGAGUUUGCCCGCGUAGCCCUGGUCCUCGCCAUCCCUCUCCAGGGCAGCCAGCGGCGAGAGGCUGUGGAAGGCGGCGAAAGAUGAAGAGCCUUCCUAUCCAGGAGUGACUUUUUUAAGAACCAACCUCACCCCCCUCCUCGGCCCCCCUCCUGCCGGGUUUCAGGGGGGCGGUGGAGGACCCAAGUCUUGGGGAGCUCAGGACCUGGGCUGUUUGUAGUUUUUUGCCUUUUAGAGAAGAAAAAAAAAAUCUUUCCACUCUUUAGUUUUUGAUUCUGAUGACUUCUUUCUCUUCUACUCUCUGGCCCCGAUUUUUAUAAACCAUUUUCGAGUGUCCUGUGGGGCGGGGUGGGGUCUUUAUCCUCCCCUCAAGCCCCUGGUUUCCUUCCAGAUCUGAACUGCCCCCUCAGCCCCCCCAGUUGCCAAACACUAAAUCUGCUAAUUUUUAAACACAGCCACCUGCCUGGCCUCCCACCAUGGCCACCAAGACAGCCCCCCAUUCUCCGUGCCACCCCCCAACUUCUGCAUUGGGGAGGGGGAGGAGGGGAGGCAAGACCUUCCCCGAUAUUCUUUAUAAUUUUUUUUCCAGAGUUUGGGGGGUUUCGGUCUUGCUCUCGUGUUUUUUGGCAAUUUUUUUGGGGGGGGCGGGCUGGCCCAAGGGUCAUGGUGGCUCCUACAGCCACGUUUUUGUACAGAAUUGAUGGUUGAUUCUUUGUUCUCUUGAAAUAAACUGAGGAAAAGGAUGCCUCGCUUUUGCUA